CCGCAGCGCUGCGCUCACACUCUUUAUCCCGCCGAGCCUCCAGGCCUGAAAUUGGGUCUUAAUCUCGCGCUGUCUAUUUGGCACUUUGAUUGAUGUCCUCGCGCAGCAAGGGGGGGCAGUCCAAGUCCUCGCUCUCCUUUGCAUGCGCACACAGAAAAACUCACACAUGUGUGCCCGAGCUAGAUAACGACCGGAGCUCGAGCUGAAGACGCGCAGAAGCUUUCAGGCGGAAGAGUCCGGGCAGCGGCGCGUGGAGCAAACCUCUUGUUCCUCGCGCCGGAGCGGCUGGGCUCGCGGAGGCCAUGGAUCACAUAGGGAUACUGGGGGCGCAUCUGCAGCAGCACACGCACGUGGAGCCCAUCAGCUUCGGGAUCGAUCAGAUCCUCAGCAACGUGGAGCAGAGCUGCAUGCUGGGCAUGAGGAUGCACGAGCCGGACUACGGACACGCGGCCUAUAACGGCGGCGGGGGCAGCGGCGUGAACGGCGGCGGCUUCGCGUGCGGUAACGGCGGAUAUAACAGUACCCCCACCUCGUGCGGGAUGACUUCCAUCGGCGGGGCUUAUCACAUGAACAUGGGCGUGAAUGCGAACGGGACUAACAUGAACUCCGCCGGGGUCAUCCGUGUCCCCGCGCACCGGCCUCUGAGCUGCGGGAACUCGUCGAUGCCGCCGGUGAGCGGGACCAUCAACAACCUGACCGCGCUGACUUUCCCCUGGAUGGAGAGCAACCGGCGCUACACCAAAGACAGGUUCACAGUGUCCCUCUCACCCCUCACUGUAACACGUCGUGUAGGUCACCCCUACCAGAACCGGACGCCUCCCAAGAAGAAGAAGCCUCGGACGUCCUUCACCCGGCUGCAGAUCUGUGAGCUGGAGAAACGUUUCCACCGGCAGAAGUACCUGGCAUCUGCUGAGCGGGCCGCCCUCGCCAAAGCCCUGAAGAUGACUGACGCCCAGGUCAAAACCUGGUUCCAAAACAGACGCACCAAAUGGAGGCGGCAGACAGCAGAGGAGCGAGAGGCCGAGCGACAGCAGGCCAACCGGAUCCUCAUGCAGCUGCAGCAGGAGGCCUUCCAGAAGACCAUCAACCAGCCAGUUACCCCAGACCCGCUGUGCCUGCAGAACAGCUCUCUGUUCGCACUACAAAACCUGCAGCCCUGGACUGAAAAUACCGGCAAGAUCAGCAGCGUGUCGACCUGCGAGUAGAGCCAACACACUGCCCCCAGCUGAAUCUGUGAACAGGGACAGGGACAUGGGCUAAGGCCCACUGAGCAGCUCCGUAUAGAGGAGGUCCAACUAAUUAUCAGGUCAUCUCCUCUAUCAGACAAAAGCUGGUGCUGCAGCUAACAACAAACAAGGGGUCCCUCUGCACUGUCAUAUAAUGGGGGUCCACAUCUGGAUCCUUUAGAGGUCUGGACUGAAGGCUUGCUUCAGUCCUGCAGAGAGCAGAUUGACAGGAAAUAUUUCAGGGGCAUCGUGAUGAACAAUGUGCUCCAUAAAACUGCAAGAAGGCCCAGGACAGGCUGGCAUCAGCCAGCUGCUGUAUUAUAGUUGACCUAUAAGGACUUGAUGUUUCAUAAACAGCAUAUUUUCAUAUUUGAUGUCUGACAAAAAGAAAAAAAAAAGAUAUGUGUGUAGAUCUCUGUCAUCAGUGUCUGUCUGUGUUUAUCUGCCAUCUUAAUGGACUUUUUACUCAACUGCAAAACAACAGGGCACUUGUUUUAGCACCUUUGUAUGAAUUCAAAUAUAAUCUGGCACAUGUCACCUGACACCAUGUGAUGACUCAGCAACAAACAGAGGAUAUCUGUCUAGUUUAUGAUUUAGAAAUAAAUAAAUAUGUGGCCUAAAGGCCAAAAAUCUGAUGAAAAGAAAAAUCACAUUUAACAGCACUUUGUUAGAACAUUUAGCACAGUUCACCACAUGUUCACAUUUCAUUGGAAUUUUUGUAUGUAUACUUUACAAACUGUAUUUUACAGCGCUGUGUAAUCAUCAUAGACCCCGAGAUCAAACAAACCGACCAAUCACAGUGUCCGCGAUUUCAUUGUCUGCCAUUGCAUUUUAUUUGUGUGUGUGUGUGUGUGUGUGUGUGUGUGUGUGUGUGUACGCACGCGUGUGUGUGGGAGAAAGAGAUGGAGGUGCGUCUAAGAUAACAAAUACAAGCUGAGGUCUGUUUGAUCAGAAGCAGAAACAAUAAGAGGCAGACGUGCUGAUGCUGACACAGUCCACAUGUUGUCUGGUCAAUAGCACAGAGUUUCUAAUAAGUGGCUGACACUCAGAUUGCUGUGAUAAAUGAGAGUGGUGUGUGUGUGUGCGUGUGUGUGUGUGUGUGUGCAUUUUUUUCACAAGUCUCAAAACAGCCCAAAAAUCUACUUCUGACAGUAUUUUGGACACUGAAAUUCAUUUUUUUCCUUUGCAGAGUUGAUAAUAACGUAAACUCAAAAUCUAUUAAUCUUCUCCAUCUGUCAGCUGUAUGUAACUUUGACUUUGCUCAGUGGAUAGACUUUUUUAAUUCCCGUUCAUCUUCAUGCCACAUGCAGUAUAGUCUAUCUGUAUUUUGUCACUUGAAGGCAAAUAAUCAUUUCAGUCCGGUGUUUCUUGUUCAUGCUGGUAUUAUUGAUUCACUCAGUCUUGAUUUUCAUCAGGCAUAAAACAUUUUAAAAUAAUGACAAUAAGCAACAUGCAUCCAGUGUUGAUGAAGACGAGGCAGCUAUGUAUUAAUAUUUGGAGAACAACAGAGUGCUAUCAGCCACAGAUGACAAAAGAUGAAAGACUGGAUUACUGAAUAUUCCCACAUUUUCCGAUCUUAUUUUGAAAUAUUAGAAUAUGCAGCAGGAAAGCACAAUAUUGACUAUGACCUUCCAUAAAUGAUAUUUCUUUAAGUUCAUUUGGUGAACUUGGUGAAAGGGCACCUUUUUUAUUCCUUCAGCUGUUUAGGAGAAACGUGAACACCCAUUCUGAGAUAUGUUUGUGUCCACACGAUGAAAAUAACAAAUAAUAUUCACUCUCCUUUUUGUUUUUUUGUUUGUGUUUUUUGUCUCUACCACCUCCUGAGGGAAAUCUCUGCAGCUGCUAAAUGCUGUUCCACUAUGUCCACCAGGUAGUUUCUAACUGUGUCUGUCUGCUGCUUGCUGCUGAGCAGGUACUGAACACUGGUACCGGUUUUUAAAGCUUUUUCUCUGAAAAUAACUCCUGAGGCCUAAAACAUGCCACGAUAGUGGUGAGCCUGAACCAAAACUGUAAGACACAGUUUGUUUGUUUUUUAUCACUUUUAUUAUUUCAUCUAAUUUUGUCAGUACUUAGCACAUGUUCCUAUACUAAAUUGUAAUAAACACAAAGCAAACCUGGAGCUA